CGGUUUCCCUUGUGUUAGCUAAACAACAUCACGACCUUUAAAGUGGCCAACCCCGGUCGAAUGAAGUCCGGACACAGGUUUUAGCAUGUCAAAUUUUGCCAUGAGUGCCCUGUGCCGUAUUUUAACUAGGGGAGUGUAUUGCGGCCCGUCGUCUUGUUUAUCUGUAACGGGAUUUCGGGAUUUUUGCAGCGGAGUCUCGCGACUGGACCGUGCUGGCAGUGACAGCCCUGUAAAUUUGACCUACGAUGUGUUUGAUGGGAAAGGAGACAGCACGCCAUUGGUGUUUCUUCAUGGUUUAUUUGGGAGCAAAUCAAACUUUCACUCCAUAGCCAAGUCCCUGGUUCAGCGGACUGGCAGGAAGGUGCUGACAGUAGAUGCUCGCAACCAUGGCAAAAGCCCACACAGUCCUGUCUUGACCUACGAAGCAAUGACUCACGAUCUGACGCAUCUGCUUGGACAGCUGCACAUUGGGAAGUGUGUCCUGAUUGGACACAGCAUGGGCGGCAAGGUUGCAAUGACAACAGCUUUGUCACAGCUUAGUUUAGUGGAACGUUUGGUGGUUGUGGACAUUAGUCCCUCUCCGACUUCAGCCCACACCAGUUUCCAUGCCUACAUUCAGGCAAUGAAAGAGGUGAAGAUAGCCAGUAAUAUCCCACGUUCAACAGCACGAAGACUGGCUGAAGACCAGCUCAGGAAGAUAGUUAAGGAGCGUUCAGUGCGUCAGUUCCUCCUUACUAACCUGGAGGAGCAAAAUGGUCACUAUGGCUGGAGGAUUAACCUGGAAGCCAUCUCAAACCACCUAGAAGACAUCAUGGGUUUUCCUGAUUUUAAUAACACCUAUGAGGGUCCAACUCUUUUCUUGGGUGGCAGUAGUUCAGCCUAUAUAAGCUCGGAAGAUUACCCUGAAAUCCAGAGGCUCUUUCCGUGUGCCGAUAUCCAGUACAUCCCAGAUGCCAGUCACUGGAUUCAUGCUGACAAGCCUUUGGAUUUCAUCAGCUCCAUAAUAACCUUCUUACAAUCAUAGUCCUUGUCUCAGGAAAGGAUACGCACAGGUGGGCCCAAUCAUAAAGGGACAGUGAAUGAAUUGUAAGGGUAUGGACCAAGAUGACUUUUAAUGAGUUAAAUCUAGUCUCUUUCCUUAUAAUGCACAACUGAAUCGUUACACAAUUCCUGAUAGUUAGUGUAUUCAUUUUUUAAUGUGGUAUUUGCACUGUGGCUUAACAUAGUACAUUAAAUGCAAUUCUAUCAAGAGGAUAUGUAGAAAUCCGUCCAUGACUUUCAAUCAAGGACAUUUGUUUGUAGCUCUCAAGUGUAACAUGUUACAUAACAAUGGAUCCAGUGGCUUUAAAAAACAAAAUACUUUACCUUCAUGAAAUUACAUAUCUUUCAGUAUUAUGAUUUUAAAAUGUUUAAUUUUAUUUUUUCCAUAGCUAAAUUAUAAUUGGACUAGAUUUACAUUUUUCCUUUUUUAAUAUCUUACAUUUUUUAAGCAUAUUGUUGACAUGGACACCCUUUCGCUGUUCUCUGAUAAGAAAUACAAAGAUGUCUAUGCAACAGUGUGUGACUUAUUUAACUGUUUCCAGCUGAAAGCAUCUCUCACAGACUCAUCUUGAGAUCCGAUAAGACCACAACACUUUGACGUACAGCCAAGGCUGUGUUUGAAUUUUUACUCUUUUUCUGGAAACAGAAAAUUGAAUAGUUUGUGAAAUGUUUUAAUUAAUGCUAUAGGGCAUAAUAGAUUAGCUUUCUUUGUUGUUCAAAAACUGUUGAGCCUGUGUUAUAAGUUAAGUGUUUUAUUAAAACAGUUUUGUAUGGCUUUACAACAAACAAAGAUGCUGCAAUGUAACCAAGACACCUUUCAGAGCAUCAAGAGUUAUGAUAUCAGGUACUACAUUUCUGUUAAAUACAACUGUUUUACUAGAAAUCUUUCCUUUUUUUGGCCCUGGGUCCUUUUUCUUUUAAGCCCCUUGUUCUGUGUUUUAAAACCAGUUCUGUGUAUUUAACGAAUAAUCAAUAAGCAGAUCAAAUACAUAAGCAUGUGAUUAAAAAACCUGUUUCGGUGCUUGUUCGACUAUUAGAUGUCGCACAGUUUAACUUUUUUGUAACAUGUACAGAUAUGUUAGUGUGAUUUAUCACAGAGAGAGAACAAUGUGCCUACCUCUGCACACUGUUUGUCAUUUAAUCUUGGUAGGUUUAUUAGUUAUCUGUAGGUUUAUCACUAUUAUGAAUAGUUAUUGACGUACCAAAGCAGGGGGUUAUGGAAAGAUUUUCCUUGACCAGUCGUGUGCUGACAUUGUGUGUUGCACACAUUUAAGAAUAAACGUACAUGUACUGUUUUUGGCAGUCUUUAGUAUAAAAACUGCUGUUAUAAGGGGAUAUUUUUGUUCAUUGUGAAAGUG